GUAAGCAACUGAAGAAUGCAUAACCAUACAGAAAUAACAGGGUUUAUCCUCGUGGGAUUGUCAGAUGAUCCAAAGAUCCAGGUGAUGAUCUUUGUCUUCCUCGUCAUCACCUACAUGCUCAGCAUCACUGGGAACCUGACCAUCAUCACACUCACACUGUUGGAUUCCCACCUGCAGACCCCCAUGUAUUUCUUCCUCAGAAAUUUCUCCUUAUUAGAAGUUUCAUUCACAACUGUCAGUAUACCCAAGUUCCUGGGCACCAUUAUUUCAGGAGACAAAACCAUUUCCUUUAAUGACUGUAUAAUUCAGUUAUUUUUUUUCAUUCUCCUUGGAGUCACUGAAUUUUACCUUCUGGCUGCCAUGUCCUAUGAUCGUUAUGUUGCCAUCUGCAAGCCUCUGCAUUACAUGACCAUCAUGAAUCAAAAAGUCUGUACAAUGCUUGUCUUUGCUUCCUGGCUGAUUUCCUUCUUAAUCAUCUUUCCCUUACUCAUGUUGCUCUUACAGCUUGAUUACUGUAGGUCCAAUAUCAUUGACCAUUUUACCUGUGAUUAUUUUCCCCUGUUGCAGAUUUCUUGCUCAGACACCAAAUUCCUAGAGAUAAUGGGGUUUUCUUGUGCCGUGUUUACUCUAAUGUUCACUUUGGCAUUAAUAUUUCUAUCUUACAUAUAUAUCAUCAGAACAAUUUUAAAGAUUCCUUCUACUAGUCAGAGGACAAAAGCCUUUUCUACAUGUUCUUCCCAUAUGGUUGUCAUCUCCAUCUCUUAUGGAAGCUGUAUUUUUAUGUACAUUAAACCCUCAGCCAGAGAAAGAGUGUCUUUGAGUAAGGGAGUUGCUGUGCUAAAUACCUCAGUAGCUCCCAUGCUGAACCCCUUUAUUUACAGCCUGAGGAACCAACAAGUCAAGCAAGCUUUCAUGAACAUGGCAAAGAAGAUCGUGUUUUACACAAGUACAUGAAAUAAUGUGGUGUCAUGAGUUAGAAGCACAUUGAAGGGCAAUUGUUUAAAAGUGACAUUUCAGUGACCCACUUCAAUCAAU